CGCGCGCAUCUUGUGUGCUUUCACGCUCUUCCGCCGACGCGAGGGAGAAGGAGGUGGAAGAGCCCGCGAAAUCGUGAUCAACGCGGCACUGCGCGUUCAGAACUCGCGGUCGCAUCACGGACCUGACGGCAGACGUCGUUGUGAACGACGAUCGUAUCCCUCCCCCCGGCCUCUGCGACUCGAUAGUGCACGCGUUCGAACGUUUCCAGAACGACGGAAAGCCGCGUUCAAAAUUGCCGGACGACUCGCCGCGCGACGUCGUGUGAUUGGCUCUCGCGGCGACUCGCGCGAAGCUGCAGUGCGAUCGUGCGUUGGGGGAGUGAGCUGUCUGUCGGCGUUCUUCGAAAGGCUCGUCAUGAAGCGAAUGGUACGAUGAUCUUGGAGUUUUCAUUGAGAAUUCGCGACGCGUUCGCGCCUGCCGCUUCUUCUCGUCGCGCCGUGUGCGCUGCCCUCGCGUUGGACUGAACGAAAUGUUCGUUGCACAUAUAGCUGUGAUCGAUCGUGUUUUCCGGAUCCGGACUGUACCGACAAACUAACUGUACUACUGUGUCUCCUCUCGAAUCGGUAGAAAAAAGGGAAAAAGGACCAAAACAAAAUUGGCCCCGUGCCGGACGUGUCGCAGUACGCCAGGUGAGCCUCGUGUUCGUGUCCUUGCUUCAACCCCGGCGCGCGGAAGCCGCGGAGCGUCGUGAGCGGGUCAGUUCGAAACGAUCGCGGCCGUCGCGCCGCCGCGCCGCGUACAACGUAAGUGUGGCGCUCGGGCGCCGCUCUUCCGUCCCGUUGGAUUCGAAUUCCCGCCGUUGUGUUCGGACGCCGCACCGGGGGGAUCGCGCGCGUCCCGGUGAUUUCGUGGCAAUCGCGAUCUCGAAUUCGCUCGUGAGUGUGCUGUCGGGUUGAUGUGCGUGCGAGCUGCCGUCGAAGAACCCCUUAGCGAGAUGCGCCUGCACGCGACGAGGGGCUCGCGGAUGGAGGAUGAUCAAACGAUCGAUCAUGAGGGACACCGUUGACCAGCUGCGCUUUCGCGACGACAUCCAACCUGCAGAUUCGGACACGCAACAUGGAAGUGCGAGCGGAGAGACCGCGAACUGCCGGCCGAAUAGCACCAACCGGGAGAGUUACACCGACAGUACAUCAAACUGGUGGAGGCCGAAGGAAGGCUAUACCAGUUCCGCCGCCGAGAGUGCCAACUCCUAUGCCCACUGCAAACAAUAAUCAACAAAAGAACAAUGCCAACGUCGUCGUCCCGCCCACCGUCGUGGCCGCGCCGAGGAAAGAGCCGCACGAGAACAUCGCCCGGAUAGCGAAGCGGUAUCUCGACGAUAACAUGCAGCAGGCGUGGAUCAAUCCUCGUCUAAUAUCGAUGAUAAACAUGGAAGCAGUGACUUCGACCGACUACGACUCUACGAACCUCAGCAGAAAUUUCAAUCAGGUCGGCUUCAAUACCUACAACUAUUCGCAGUUUGAGGAGAAGUACAAGCCGCGGCAGAUCUUUAAAUACGGCGACGAGUACUUGGAGUACGGUCAUAAUUCAGUCAGACUCGACGUCAACGAAAGAUUUGGACGAUCGCAGUCCAAGUAUCAGGACGGCGCUAGGCUCGAUCAGCGAUACUCGCGGAGCCACUCUCAGCCUGAGCGGCAGCAUCACAUCACGCAAGAGAUACGUUCCAAGUCUCAGGAUUCGCGCGAACUCACGUUCUACCAGAUAGAGCCGUCUCUGAAAUCGGAAAACUCGCGGCAACCGCACGACAAGUCGCAUCAGAAGCUGAAGAAGGAGCUGACCUUCUACGAGAUUGACGGGCCGCCAUCCGGUCAAGAGAGGAGGGAGAAGACCGAGGUGUGCAAGGAGCGUGGCGAUAAGGGGACCAAGUCCCACGACAAGUCCCACGCCGGCGGUGGUCAGGAGAGGUCGCAAGCCGCGAAGCACGGCAGGCAAAGUCACCAGGAGCAGAAGGCGAGCGCGCCGUCGGACUGCCAGCUCAACCGGUCGCAGUCCGAUCUCACGGAGUGUCAGCUGCCGAAUUACUACGGGCACCGGAAUAAUCCGUACAUCGAUCCGCCCAAGUAUCGACAUUUCGACAGGCCACCGCGGUAUCAGGAGACGCCGCCGAGAUCGGAGCUGCCGCCCAAGUAUCACGCCGAUCCGCCCAAGUACGCCGAGGUGUCCAUACGACAAGAUGACUUUAAGAGGAUCCAGGAGGAGCGGGGCAGACGACAAGGUGGCAGCGGGGGCGGUGGAAUCAACGGCGGCAACGGCGGCGGCGGCGGCGGCGGUGGAGGCGGUAGUGGCGGCGGCGGUAAUUCCGGAUCAGGAAGGGGGAACGCCGGCACUCAUGGCGCCGAGACGCCCUCUAAUCUGGCCAGUAUCACGCCAACCGCGCGAGAAGUAACACGCGUUGUUAGUACGCGACAACGGCUCUCCCACAAGACGUGUAAUCUGAGCAGCAGUAACAAUAACAACAACAACAACAACAACAGCAGCAGCAGCAGCAAAGAGAAUCUGCUACAGGAGGCCGGCGAUGACUGUGACGCGUCGUUACCCUCGAGUCGGUAUCACGUCGAGUCGCUGAAGAGUCACCAUCAUCAUUAUCAUCAUCAACAACCGCAGUAUCAGAUUCGCGGGAUUAGUGGUAGCAACGUUACCACCGCCGGUGUCGUCGGUAAUGUCUUCCUGGACGGCGGCGGGUUGUGCGGCGAGAUAACGGCGUGCGACAAGUACAAGGUCACAGGGUCAGAGCCGAAUCGGGCCGGCGGCGACACGGCUCAAGGUCGUCUCAGUGAGAGAUCCAUGCUGAAGAUCGAGAAGCUCUCGGGGAAGGUUACUCUGCACGCUGGUAGCGGCGGCAGCAGUGGUGGCGGUGAGGCAACGGUUGGCAAGUGCGGCGCGGAGAGAAUGAAGUCGACACAGGAAGCCGGCUACAAGCACGAGUCGAUCGUGGUCGGCAAGGCCAAGGGCCACGACGUCGGCCACGGUUACAAGGUCGAGAACUUGCGCUACUACGGCGAGCUCAAGGGUUAUGCCGACUUCAAAUCUUACGGCACAGUGGACAAGCAACCGGCGGCGGUGCUGGUGUCCGCGCACGAGAAGUCACAUCUUCUUCACGCACCCUCGUGUGACAAAGGUGACAAGUGCCACGGCAAGGUCCCGUCCGCGUCGGCGAUCGCGCAGGGUUACGCUCUCGCCAAAGUCGGCCAGCAGCAACCGGAGAAGAGUCAUCACGGUGAUCACUACUAUCACAGAUCGUCGCACUCGAAGCCACCGAACGCGUAUCAGGUGUACCAGGAGACCAAGUAUUCGUACAACGUGAGCGGGGUACCCGGGACGCCGGCGCAGGCCAGCGCAGCCGCAGCCUUCUUCGCAAGGGCAGCGCAGAAACUGAAUCUGUCGUCGAGCCCGCAUCGGAGACGACGUUCCGGGGAUGAGAACAUCGGACCUGACGAGCUGCCCAUUUUUCCCAAUGGAUACGCUGCGCUCCUUCUCAAGUCACCACCUCCGGCACCUCCCGCCCUUCUCAGGAGGAUAGGUGUAAAGGAGCUCACCGGGGUUGGCAAGGAGCGAAGUGCAGCCGGUCGCGCGACGAGAGGAGGGAACGAGAGGAUCUGCCUUGACAGUUCGAAGGUGACGGUUGUACUGUUCCAGACGAACUUGCCGAAGAGCAUUUCGAUACACGUGAAAGUCAUGCUGAGAGUGUCACCCGGAGAUGGAGGAAGUUUUUUCAACGCGGACAAACGGAAAAAGCAAGUUACCUUAGUAGAUCCAGCUUCCGGGCAAUCCUCAUCGGCAGAGGAUCGCAGGCCCACUGUAGCGGCGCCGAAGAUGUUCGCGUUCGAUGCCAUCUUCACUGAGGAGGAUUCUCAAACUGAAAUCUGUUCGAGCGCUCUUACUGACGUGAUUCACGCUGUCAUUAAUGGAACGGAUGGUUGUCUGUUUUGCUUUGGACACGCUGGCUUGGGCAAGUCUCACACCAUGCUGGGGACUCCGGAAGCCGGUCACACACUGGGCGCGAUUCCUUGCGCAAUAGCAUGGCUUUUCCGCGGCAUUUCCGAGCAACGGCAGAGAACCGGCGCCAGGUUCAGCGUUAGGGUCAGCUGCGUGGAAUUGACCACCGGCCAGCAACAACUGAGGGACCUGCUUGCGGCGCACGCGAACGACUCGGAACAGUCACCGGCCGUAUAUCUCAGAGACGACCCGCUGUUUGGCACCCUUCAGUUGCAGCAGCACAGCGAGCUUCGCGCGCCAACAGCUGAACGUGCAGCUUUCUACCUCGACGCGGCGGUCGCCGGCCGUCAACGGGAGGAUGGCGACGCGCAUAUGCUUUACACGUUGCACGUGUACCAGUACAGCGUCGCCGGCAAGGGUGGAGUUGCCGGUGGUAGGAGUCGGCUUCACUUGAUGGACCUGGGAAACUCGGAUCGCGGCAAGUCUUCGGGCGGUAUUCCCCUCUCGGGUCUGGGCAACAUUCUCCUCGCGAUCUUCAACGGCCAGAAGCACUUGCCGUACAAGGAACACAAGCUGACGCAACUUCUGAAGGAAUGCCUAGGCUCGUUGACCUGCCACGCGGCUAUGAUAGCCCACGUGUCUCCCAACGCCCAACACUACACCGAGACAUUGACUACCGUUCAGCUGGCCUCGAGGAUCCACCGGAUGCGACGCCGAAAGAUCAAGUUCGUCGGCGGCGGCACGCAGGGCACCGGGAGCGGCGGCAGUUCCGGCGAGGAGGCGGCCAGGCAAAACAGCGAAUGUGAUCCGAGUUCGAGUGACCUGUCGGCCGACACGGUGAUCUACGUCGGGCCGAGCGCGGAUGACGCCACCGACGGUGAACAUCCGCCUGUUUACAUUCCUAGCUUGAAUUCAGGUGACAACCGUUGCGCCAUGGGGAGGGUGUUGCGCGGCUCCGCCGCCGAAAGACCGUGCAAGAUCCCGGAGGAACGUAGCCCGGCGCACAAGUCUUCGAAGACGGUGAAGACAUUAACGCAGACCGCGUCGAAGCAAACCUCGCCGGCGCACAGUGUCACGCCGAAGGCCAGUCCGGCUAGGAAGAAUCCCUCGUCGAAGACCGCCUCGGCGUCCAAAAUAUGCGACUCGCCAGGCAGCAAAAUCCCCGUGGCGGCGCCUAGCGGCGGCUCCGACGAGCAGUGGAUCGACGGCCCAAGGAUCUCGAAGUCGAAAGUCGCGGAGGCCAGACACAUGCUGAAGGAUCCUCAUCACAAGCGGGAGACGUGGAUCGACGGGCCGAUGCAGCUGACGGGCGCGCCUCCGUUGCAGCUACACACCCAUCAGCACGCGUCUUCGGGCUACGGAUUCAUGGACAGUCACAAGAAGAGCAUGAUCAGGAAAUGGGUGGAGAAUCAGUCGUCGCAGAUACAGAGGGCGAAGCACGUCGCAUCGCGAGUCGAAUCCUCGAAAAUGUCCUCCGGCCAAUCGUCCGGUCAGUUCAAGGAACUGACGACGUUCAAGACUUGCGGCGGUAUGGACGACGACGACACGUCGUUGUCCACCGCGGAGAGCGACAGCCUGAAGGCGAACGAGAUCGAGGACAUCACUGAGAAGCUAAGCGCCAAGUUGAAUCUGCUUAACGUCAAAUCCAACACGGACUCGGGAUUGGAUCUAACGGCCAGUCCAGUGAUGGACGACAGUGUUGAAAAAGCGAAGCUCGAUUUACCAGACGACGAAGACGACGACGAGGAGAUCGUCGUACCGCCACCGUUGCCGCUAAUCGAGCCGCUCAGCAACGGAGUCAGCAGAGAAGUCUCCAUGGAGAGUCUGAAUCUAUCACACAAAGACAUUGUACUGCCUUCCAGGCACUCGCUGUCCUCCGAAGACGAGAUCCUGGAAAUCGUCGAAGUGGAGGAUUUAGAACCCGUGCCCAUGCAGGAUUCUUGUCUGCAAGUAACCGAAGAGGAUAUCGCGCUUUGCAUGGGCGAGAAUCCUUUGCCGGAGAGCGACCAGGAGGAACAUCCUUUAAGGAUCCUUAGCCAAGAAAAUCUCACCGUGGUGUCCACCUUCACAGACUCCAUGUCGGUGAUGUCGGACACGGAGAGAUACAGACCGCACUAUCCGCCGCCGAUUGGCGCGGGAGUUCUACCGAGGCCGUAUUUCGACCACGAGGACUUCCUGGAGCAGGAGACCAGGCACAAGUUCGACCAGUUGGCCCGCCUCCACGAGCUCUACCAGAGCAAACUCGCGCUCGCCAAUGUUUCCAACUCCGUGACUUAUCAGAGGGAGAAUUCCUCCACCGUCAACGUGCGAGACGCUCCAUCAGCGACCGUCUUCCGUCCGCCGUCUCGGUGUCAGUCCUUGUCCCUUUCGGAUGUGUUAUUCAACGACAACGCGAGCAAUCACGGAAGCAUCUACAGUGAACCCGCGUACAUAGCCGGCAAGUCCGAUCAGGAGAAGAUCUGCGAUAAUUGUCGUCAGAGUAUGUCCAGGCCGGCCACGGCAUCUUAUUGGUAUCCCAGCAGUGUCGCCCACCUUGCCAGUCCCAGAAGGUACUGCGGCAAGUUGGGCGACUGCAACAUCUCCAGUCUGAGGCAUCCAGAUGGUGCUUCGAACCCCAAUCUCAAGGAGGAGAUCGAGAGGAUACCCGGAAACGGAGCGUCCGGCUCGGAUCCCGAGGAGGAAUACAUAGAGGCGAAGAAGCUGUUCACUGCCGCUGAGAGAUCCGAGAGAACGGUCACGGGAAAGUCCGACAUCGAGGAAGAUUUGAAAAUUCAAGGCGCAGGAUCCUUGCAAUUGCCCAUGCCGUCUCCGGCGCAAUCCUCAGGACGAAUGCAACGCAAGAUACUCAGUCUUGGUUCUUCUUUCGGCCUGAACAAGGAAGGCUCCGAUUCCGGCGCGGACUCGACUCCGCGCGCAGCCAAAUUGUCGCCGGCCACGCUGUCGAGACAUCGCGCGGAGAGUUCCGGUUACGACAGUGUCGUCAGAGACAGCGAGACGAGUAGCAUUGCCAGCGACUCGUCCCGACAAACUGGCGCAUUGCAGGAACAUCAAGCGGUGGAACGGCGGGCGGCAGGGUACGGGCCACGGCGGUCGCGGGCCCACUGCCGGGCCCAGCCGGGGCCGCCCGCGGUGGCGGGGAUACUCGCGUACACAGGCGAGGACGUGGACAUCCUGGACAGGCGCGCACGGCUGCGCUCGGAUCCACGUGGCACGAUGUCCAGGAUACACAGCCUUCGCCUGCGCCAGCGCCUUCUUAGGCUGGAACUGCGCGACGCUAAAAGGCGCCUCAUGGUGCCCGACACUCGCUGGAGUUACGAUUUGCACGUGGAGGACAGUAUGGACUGGCGGGAUCCGUCAUUCUUAGAAGCUCUGACGGUCGAGACGUGCAUCCUGCAAAAAAGGGUGGAGGCCUGUAAGAGCCACGUUCUCCUGGUCACCUGCUUUGAUUCCUGUCCUCAGCAACAGUACGCGCGGCAUGCCGUGACGUCGACCGAAAUAAAUACCACCUAACGUAGACUCAGAUCAGCACGCACGACCGCGUGUUGAUCACCGAACCCGCCCACCCACCUACGAAUUUAAUCGUUGAAACGAGACGAGCGAGGUCGCCGAGCGAGUAAAUUAACGGGGAAUGGCGUCGAUGUCGCUCGACUCCGUCCAGUAGUUGUUAAUGAUAUUGUGGUAUCGUCAUCGUCAUCGUACGUCGUCACUAAUUGUUAAGCCUAAACGGUACUGGCAAGAUUAAACGAGGAAUAUAUAAGAGCCUAAGGUAAAAGAUUUUCACCGAAGUAUCGCACACGUACACGCACACGCACGUGUCUUAUCGAAGUUAUAAGAGUUUAUAUCGGUAAAAAGGUGUAUUCGUGUUAGAGAAUAUUGCGAUCGCUUCAGUCUCAACGAUGUUUCUCAGGAUGUAGGACGGUGAUGUUAGGCAAUUAUUGCGAUUGUUAAAUACACAGCGACACGGUUUCACGUCGCGUUUAUAUCAGCAUUAAUGGUUCGACAUGAAAGAAAGAGAGAGAGUUGGUGCUUUGUUCUUUACGUCUAUUAUUCGUCAGAGAGUCGUUUAAAUCACUAUGUCAUCGUCUGACUGAUGCCAUUAAGUAAGCUAUAAGAGAGAUUUUCGAGGGGGUGUUAAGACUGCCGGCCGACCGGCCGAAUACUGCGUAUUCAGUGGGAACAGCGACGAACAAAACGAACCGACGAAGCCGUCGUGGUGUAGAGAGAUAUUCGUCUCAAUUUAGAAACAAUACGACGCGCGUCGAUAUUCGUGACCGUCGAGCGAAGGGAGUAACAAUCGACCGCGGACUGAAAGACAGUCUAGUGAAUAUCGAGAAAGCAGAUCAUGAAUGAUUGCGGAUCGUUCGUUCGUAGAGAGUGUCGAUUAUUCAUCGACACAAUCAAGGUCGGCUACAAUUUCAGUGGCACAGUUAGCCACGGUUGAUGAAAUUUUCCUUCUCUAUCCAUGUUAUCGCUAGAGCUGUAAUCCAGACGAAAGAUCGACGAACGGUGUCCAUUGAUCCUGGAUUACCGUUGGAAAUGACUCGAUGGAAGUUAGGAUAUUAGAGGUAGAUGCAAAUUUGUUUAUGAGAAAUUCGAGCUUCGGUGUGAAGGGGAAACUAGACGAGGGGGACGAAACGGGGAGAACAGUUUGCCGCGAGCGAGCGAGCAACGCACUGCCAAAAGAAUGAAGGGAAAGAUCUUUUAUACGAUUAACAAUUGAUUAACGAAACGCGCCGUACGUAAUGUAUCUAAUGCACGCACGUUAAUUCAUGGUAUUAUCGUAGCUUUAAUCGUUAUCAGCAGUUACCGCACUUCGUAGGGCUCUGUAACUCACCUAGAGAGACGCGAGUCGUUCCGAUGAGGGAGCGUGAAAGCGAAAGGAAGAAAGCGUAGAAUGAGAGAGAGCGAGAGAAUGAGAAAGUGUGUGUG